AUGCUGGGCAGACGCCCCCUCAGCCCCAGCUUCCAUGCCGCGCCCCGGUGGGAACCGCAGCCCGGGGGGCCCGGCCCCGCCAAGCGCCGCCGAAUCCAGGGGCCCGCGGGCCCCGAACACGGAAUGGCGCCCGGCCUGCAGGGCCCGGCCGAGCCCAGGGCCGCCGCCGCGCUCACCUCCGUGGUGGUGCUGGCCGCGGGCUGCGCCCUGCAGCUGCCUCUGGACAGCGGCGUCGACCUGAUGCUGGAGCCCGCGCCCACGUCGGUGCUGCGAGUGCGUCUGGGCCGGCACACCCUCGUGCUGGUGCCCGAGGCGCUCUGGGGCGCGGGCGCGGGGGCGCGCUCGCCCGGCGGCCCGGAGCCCGUCGCCGUCCAGCAGGGAUUCUUCUGCGCAUUUGUCCCAGAGAUCGUCGCCGCUCCAGAGAUCGCCGUCCCAGAGGUCGCCGUCCCAGAGAUGGCCGUCCCAGAGAUGGCCGUCCCAGAGAUCUCCGUCCCAGAGAUGGCCGUCCCAAAGAUCGCUGUCCCAGAGAUGGCCUUCCCAGAGGUCGCCUUCCCAGAAGAGGCCUACGACGGGAACGAGGACGAGGACGCGGCCCCCGGGUUCCUGACUCCUUGGAUGGCCGCUGGAACGGGAUUAGGGACCCACCCGCACGGCCCCAUCAAAGCGCCGUGGCCCCAGGCCCCCACGCCUAGCCCAGAGAGACGCACGCCUGGUCCUUACUACAGCCUGGACUCCCACCUUUGGGAGCCCUUCCCCAGCUCAGCGCUCCAACCCCUACCUCCGUCUCCCAGUCUAGGUCCUCAGGUGCGCCCCCGGCGCCCUCUGGGGCCUCCUCCCAAGGCCCGCAGACGGCUGUUCCGGGAAUGA